AUGGUAAACACUGAGAACAAUGGUAUAGUAUUAAUAUUGAGACUACAAACGGGAGACGUGCUAGACUUGCAAGUUCACAAACAUGUCCAAAACAACAAACAACACCAAAUAGACAUAUCCUUUGGAUCCUUGCAGGCUGCACCUGCAAGGAUCCAAAGGAUCUACCAUAAUGUCAACUUUCAUGCCCACCAUUUAGCGUCUCCCACUCAAUGUUCUAGUGUUUUCUCUGUAUUUUUUCAUGUCUCUCUGUGGGUGAUCUGGGGCUUGCAUGCGGUGCAUGCCACUUGGGCUUACAUGCGGUGCAUGCCACUUUGCAUGCCACUUUCUCACAAGACUUUGAUGCAACAUAAAUUUCAGAAGCUAAGUGCCGUAUUUGAUGCUGGGCGACAUUUUUAUCAUCUGACUUUGUCGCAAUAUGACUUUCAAAGCUAA